AAGAGAUGGGUUGCUCUGGACCGACAUCUGGAGCAGUUGUGACUUCGUUGAAGUUUCUUGUAGUGUUCCUUAUUUCCUUGGCUUUCGGAUGCGGAUAUGAAUCGUGUCCGAAAACCAAAGAUGGCAUGAUCAAUGUGCAUCUUGUGCCUCACACUCACGACGACGUGGGUUGGCUCAAAACCGUGGAUCAGUACUACUAUGGCUCUCAAAAAGACAUCACCCCGGUCUCGGUCAAAUACAUCCUCGAUUCAGUUAUUCCGGAAUUGGUGAAGGACCCCACCAAGCGAUUCAUUUACGUGGAAGUGGCGUUCUUUUGGCGGUGGUGGCAAGAGCAACACGAUAUCACGAGGAAUCAAGUUCGAACUCUCGUUCAUAAUGGACAAUUGGAAUUCAUCAAUGGGGGAUGGAGCAUGAACGAUGAGGCCGCCACUCAUUACAAUGCUGUCAUCGACCAAAUGACCUGGGGGUUUAGAAAGCUCAACGACACCUUUGGAGAGUGUGCUCGACCUCGGGUGGCUUGGCAGAUCGACCCUUUCGGGCAUUCACGGGAACAUGCCAAUCUUUUUGCGCAAAUGGGGUUUGAUGGCCUGUUCUUUGGUCGAUUGGAUUACGCGGAUAAGGCUCAGCGACUCAAGACCAAAACAAUGGAGAUGAUUUGGAAAGGUUCGGACUCCUUGGGCAAGUCCUCGUGGUUAUUCACUGGAGCUCUCUUCAAUGGAUAUUCACCUCCUAGAGGAUUCUGUUUUGAUAUUUUCUGCGACGAUGAGCCCAUCAUGGAUAAUCCUAGAUUACACGACUACAAUGUAAACAGACGUGUGGAUGAGUUCUUUAAAGCUGUCAAAGAUUGGAGUGAAGGCUAUUCUACGAAUCACAUCAUGAUGCCCAUGGGAGAGGAUUUCAACUAUAACAAUGCCCGUACUUGGUAUGACAAUCUAGACAAGCUCAUUAAAUACGGGAACGCUCGUCAAACUAAUGGAAGUCAAAUCAACCUCUUCUACUCCACACCCUCUUGCUACCUAAAAUCACUCAAUGACGUGGGCCAAACAUACACCACCAAAUCAGAUGAUUUCUUUCCCUAUGCAUCGGAUCCCCAUGCCUACUGGACUGGCUACUUUACCUCUCGACCAGCUCUCAAGGGCAUGAUCAGGGAGAGUAACAAUUUCUUGCAGGUCUGCAAACAGUUGGGCGCCUUGACCGAUCGGGAUUGGACCCCAGGUCCCGAGGGUGAUGUCUCGAAAAUGCGCGAGGUCGUGGCUGUGGCUCAACAUCAUGAUGCGGUGACUGGCACCGCUAAACAGGCUGUAACCUUUGAUUAUCAACAACGGCUUUCAGAGGGAAUCCAGGAUUGCCAAGAGGUGAUCAAAUACGCCUAUCAGAACCUCAUGCCGACAUCAAAGAGCUCAGCUGCUCCACCGGAAUUGAUAUUUUGCCCGCUGAUGAACACCACGGAAUGCCCUAUCACGGAAACGUCGACCCAACUCAUCGAUAACGUCUAUAAUCCUUUGGCUAGACCUGUGAGCAAGUAUGUUCGAUUGCCAGUUACUUCCCCCGGAUUCGAUGUGAUCGCUCCCAAUGGCCAAAAGAUCGAGACACAAGUGAUUCCCAUUCCAAAGCCGGUUCUUCUCAUCCCCGGUCGGAAAAGCUCGGCAACUUAUGAACUCAUUUUCAGGGCGGAUCUCCCACCCAUUGGGUUUAAGUCGUUCUUUGUCAUUAAGAACGCCUCUGUUGCCGAGAGGCAAUUGUCCAAGCCAUCGAGAAUGGCGAAGAAGGCCUUCCUUGGUAAAGGGAAGUUCCUCCUUGGGGUUGAUCGAAACGGGCGAAUUCAAAGGUUGUCUCACAAUGGAAAUGUUUUGGAUGUUACUCAAGACUACGUUUGGUAUGAAGGUCACCCCGGAAACAACUCCGAAUUCGAGUUCCGAGCCUCUGGGGCCUACAUUUUUCGACCCUGGCAUGAGAAACCUCAUGUUGCUCAACCCCAAGGUAAUCCUAUUGUUUAUAAAGGACCCCUCGUCGACGAGAUCCAUAUGAAUUUCGGCUUCAAUGUGAGCCAAGUUCUACGAGUCUACAAGGACAAACCCGAGGCUGAAAUUGAGUGGCUCGUUGGUCCCAUUCCCAUCGGAGAUCAUGUCGGCAAAGAAGUUGUUUCCCGAUUCAACACUCAAUUAGACACGAAGAAAACUUUCUACACGGAUUCAAAUGGCCGACAACUUCUGAAGAGAGAGAGGAACUUCAGACCUACAUGGAAUCUAAAUGUAACUGAGCCUAUCGCCGGCAAUUAUUAUCCCAUCAACUCUAGGAUAGCGAUGAAUGACGGCAAGACCUUUGUCACGGUUCUAACUGAUCGGAGUCAGGGCGGAAGUAGCUUAAAAGACGGUCAAUUGGAGAUCAUGAUUCACCGGAGACUACUCUACGACGAUGCGUUUGGAGUGGGUGAAGCCCUGAACGAAGAGGCCUUCGGUGAAGGAUUAGUCGUUCGAGGCAAGCACUGGCUCCAAGUCUCCUCCUCAGCUGAGGCCUCGGCCAAGAACCAUCGCCUUCGAGCCCAACAAGCUUUCAUGGACGCCCAGAUUAGCUUCACUCCGACAUCCUUGUCGUUCCAAGAGUGGAAAUCCCGAUACAACAUGGAAUAUUCUGCCCUCCAAAAUCCACUCCCAUACAAUGUUCACUUGUUGACUUUGGAGGAAUGGGCCGGUAAUUCCCGUGAUAGCCUGCUGAUCCGAUUAGAAAAUAUUUUUGACGCUCAUGAAGACCCUGAACUCUCAAAACCGGUUACUAUCUCUUUGAAAGAUCUCUUUUCUGGCUUCAGCGUAACCAACGUUGAGGAAACUAUUCUGGGUGCCAACCUCAGACGAGAUUGCCUUGAACGCCUCACUUGGAAUGUAGAGAAAGAUAAUGGCAUUCACAGUUCAAAUAAUACUGCGGGUGAGGCCGCACAACAAGAUAAGGAUUCCUCUAAAGUGACAUUAGGCCCUAUGGAGAUACGCACUUACAUCGUUGAUUUGGAGCCACGUCAAUAGAUUAUUUUCUAUCACUGCACUUUGGAGAGAGAGAGAGCAAUGAUGGGCAGCAGUUCUUCAAUUUGCGUACUUAUCUUCCUCAUUGGGAUAUUCUCCAUUACUUGGGCUCUGCCUAGUGAAAUGGCGGGUUGUGAGAAAGCCGAACCCAGGUCCACGUCAAAAGCUGGCCCAUGGGAGGAAAAUUAUCGCAUUCCGGAAGAUACUCUCCCAAUACAUUAUGACUUGUACAUGUAUCCGAACUUGGAAACUGACAAGUUCUCGGGCCACGUGACCAUA